AUGGUCCCUUUAGCUGUGGUCCGAGCGCAGUCGCAUAUCAUCCAGAUCGCCGCCGUGGGGCCCGACAGCUCCUACAGCACCUACGUCAAGCCGGGUAUCUCCAUCGGCGCGAGGGCCACGGCGGUGACGGGCAUCUCGCUGAACAGAGACCUCUUAUGGCACCACGGACGCGUCGUGGAGGGUCUACCGAUAAGGGGUGCACUGAAGGGCUUCUUCGAUUUCUUGGGCCCGGGCCAAGUCCUCCUGGUCGGCCAUAACUCAAAGUCGUUCGACAGCCGUGUGCUGAUCACGGCUGCCACCAACACGGGAAUGAUCGACGAUCUGAAAAGGCGAACUCUCGGAUUCCUCGACACGCUGCCGCUUUUUCGCAAGCUGUUCCCACGCAGGAAGAGUCACACACUGGGAAAUCUCCACAAGAGUCUCAUUGGCGGGAAGUUCGCGGCCCACAAUGCCCUGGAAGACACUCUCGCACUCCAGAGGCUAGUGGAAAAGGUGAGCCCGGACCCAGAGACCAUGGCAAAUUACACCUUCGAUGUCGAGUACGUGGAGGCGGCAUUGGCUUACCUGUACAUGAGGAAGGAAAAUAUGGAGACUCUUUAUCCUAUUGAGAAUGUAAACGUGAAACGAAACAUGUUAGAAAAGAUUGCUGCAAGUGGCCUGAAGAUGGAGCAUCUUCAAGCGGCCUACAGAAGCGACCGAGAGAACGGGAUUCGAGAGCUCUUUGCACAGCCAUUGGCCGACGGGAAGGCCAGGGUUACAAAGCAAAUAAGUCGUUUGGAGCCUCGUCCAGCGGGUCCGGACAAGUCAACUCAAACUUUCAAAGAGCAAAUUGAGAUUUCAGAGUGUAUAAUUGCAAAGAUUUUAGAUUUUAGCUGA